AGAGAAGAGAAGCUGAGGUGAUGGUGAUGAAGGAGAGAGAUGAAGAGCUCUCUUUGUUCCUCGAGAUGAGGAGGAGAGAGAAAGAGAAUGAGAUAAACAGCCUUCUUCUCCUUCAAAACUCCGAAGAACUUGAUUUGUCCAAUCUGGAAUCCAAUCAUGGGGGCUCCAUAAAUUCUAAGAUCGUGUCUUCGGUGCCACCAAGGAAGCAUGGGGUUGAAGAGUUCUUGAAUUCAGAGAAUGACAAGUCUGACUAUGAAUGGCUUCUUGCGCCACCAGAUUCACCUCUUUUUCCUACUUUAGAGAAAGAGUCACAAAUGUCAGUGAAGAGUGAACAGGAGACUCAUAAUGCUCGACCAACAGCUUUGAAACCUAGGGUGGCUAAUAUCCAAUCAGAACCUGGUUCAAGAAGCAAUAUAGUUUCCAAGCAUCAUGCAUCAGUGCCAGGAAUAGGUUCUUUCACAUCUGGUAGGAGACCUUCAUCAUCUGGAGCUCCAACCUCAGCUACUUCAAGAUCUUCAACCCCCUCUGGAAGGCCAACAUUACCUUCAACAGCCAAAUCCUCUAGGCCCUCCACACCUACCUCUAGGGCUACCAUAACAUCUGCAAAGUCAUCAAUUCCACCAGGGAGAUCUUCCACUCCUACAAGAUCCACUUCCAGGUCCUCAACACCUACUACUACAAGGCCUUCCUUGGCACCCCCCAAGACAUCUCAAAGAUCAGCAACACCAACACUUAGAUCAUCAACUCCAUCAAAGGCAUUUGGAGUAUCUGCUCCUCCUACUAGGCCUUCAUCAGCAUCAAAGGCACGCCCUGGCCCUCCAGCUGCUAAGAAUCCGGUGCCAUCACGUGGCAGCUCUCCAUCGGUCAGAUCUAGACCCUGGGAACCCUCUCAAAUGCCUGGUUUCUCUCUUGAUGCUCCUCCAAAUUUGAAGACAUCAUUGAUAGAUAGACCAGCUUCAGCCACAAGGACUAGGCCUGCAGCGCCAAAUUCUAGAUCAUCUUCUGUUGACGCCAGUAGCAAUGGAAAAUCUAGAAGGCAGGCAAGUACCCCUACCAAAGGAAGAACUUCAACAGGGUUGGUCCACAAUAAUCACACCUCUAUGCAAGUUUUGAGCAGAGCUCGUUUCACCGAUGCUAAUGAUGAAAGCCCAGUUGUGAUUGGGACAAAGAUGGUUGAGAGAGUAGUGAACAUGAGGAAGCUGGCUCCCCCAAAACAUGAUGACCAUCAUUCUUCUCGUGACAAUGCCUACGGAAAAUCUUCUUCUGCUACCUCUGGAUUCGGAACUACUCUUUCAAAGAAGUCUUUGGAUAUGGCAAUGAGACAUAUGGACAUAAGGAGAAGCAUCCAGGGCAAUCUGCGGCCUCUUGUGACAAGCAUUCCAGCUUCCUCUAUGUACAGUGUGAGAUCAGGUAGUUCCUCAAAGAGCAGGACAGUGAGUGUUUCUGAUUCCCCACUUGCCACAAGCAGCACUACUAGCUCUGAACCAAGUGUAAAUAACAACUCCAUAUCCUAUGAUGGAAGUGAGAUUGAAGAAAAUGAUUUUGGAAGUGAAUGAUCAUUCCCUGAUGGCUAGGCAUGAUCAUUACUGUUCUACCCACUUUACUUGUAUGAGGUGCAACAGAACAACACAGAUAUUCAUGUGAUACCAUGUUUCCAAAUAGAUGUGCUAGUGAAGAAAGUUUGUAGUAUAUCUGUGCCUACUAGAGUUCUAAAACAAUAGAAGUUCUAAAACACUUAUAUGCAUGGCUGUUUGUACCGAAUUUUGAACUACUCAUUGAAAAUCUCGUUCAAAUUUUACCCACCAAACCUAUUUUCUUUGGUUUAUGAAGGAAAAAAUAGGAGAGAGAUAUGU